AUGAAUGAAAAAUAUUACUGUAUAAAUUGUGGUAAUCCCGUAAAAAGCCUUUACAAAGAGUAUAGUACUAGUGUAUUAAAAUUAACAAAAUGUCCUAAAUGUAAAAUUAUAGCGGAUAAAUAUGUUGAAUACGACUUAGUUAUCGUCAUAAUUGAUUUAAUUCUCCUACGAAUUAUGGCUUACCGGCAUAUUUUACUUAACACUGAAUUUAAGAAUUUUUGGAAAAUAUCCAUAGCUUUAAUAUUCUUAGAAACUUAUUCAAACUGGAUUUUUAUGAGAGAAUAUCCAAUGAACAGGAAGUCCAGAGACUUAAACAGUACAACUUACAUAAAUGAGGAACUGAUUUAUUUAGAGGAUUUGAAAUUUUAUGAAAUGAUUUUAAACACUGCAUUAGGCUUCUCCAGCUUUAUCAUUAUGGCCUAUUUGUUCACAUUAUUUUAUUCUUAUUUGAGAAAAAGGGACUUCACUCCUUUUGUGGUCAUCUGUAAAGCUGUGACUUUGUCCACUUGUGGUACAAUAUUAUUACUGCCAUCUUUAAUUUGGGAGACACACAUACAAGAAUUUCAUGUCCUAUUUGUGUCUUUAUAUACUACAUUAUCACAACUUUUAGCGUAUAAAGCUGUGUGUAAUUCCGAGAAAUCAUGGAGUUUAUUGGUUAUAUUUUCAUCCCAUCUUGUCAAAAUUUUUAUUAUGAAUACUUCCUUUACUAACUUGUUAAUAAACAUGUAG